AUGCAGACGGAUUCGUUACGCUCUGUUAAUCCGAGCUUUAAUGGCUACUCUUCUUCUGGAACCGGAAAUUUAGCCGAUAUUGCUGCCAGAGUCGUUAACGAGUUUCGCCAAGAGAAUGGUUCGAACGGCAGCAUUUUUGGUCUCGAGGAUGAUUAUGAGCCGUGGGAGUUUGGGGAAGUUAAUCAGGGCCGUUCAUUAAUCACCAUACCUGAUGUUCAUCGUGAGGAGGAGGGGGAGGAGGAGGAGAGUGAGUUUGAAUUCGCGUUUGUUGCAACUGAACCGGACUCGUCGCCGAUAUCCGCGGACGAAAUCUUCUAUAAUGGUCAGAUCAAGCCGGUUUACCCUCUCUUCGACCAGUCCUUGCUUCUCGAAGACAAAGUUUCCUUGAACGACGUCGUUGUGAAGAAGAAUGAGGAAACGGUACGUCGCACUCGUCGGCCGCCGCUGAGGAAGUUGAUGGUGGAAGAAGAGAGGGAAGCGACGACGUCGUCUUGUUCUUCCUCCGAGGCCGACGAACUCGACGGCUUAAAACAAGGUACGUACUGCGUUUGGAAGCCGAAAAACGGCGACGUUACCGGCAGCGAGUCCGAACGGCGGAACAAGUGCGGGUCAACCGGGUCGUCGAGGCGGUGGAAGCUACGAGACAUUUUGAGUCGGAGCAGGAGUGUCGGAAAGGAAGGACUUUUGUUCGCGCCUUCGAUCAAGAAGGUAGGAAGUUCGAAACGCACCGGGAAAGAAGAGACGGCGGUGCCGGGGGCGGCGGAGAAUGAAAAGUUGAAAAACGGCGUCGUUCCGAAAGAAAACGGCGAAGGAGGGAAGAUUAAGAAUAAGGAUGAGGACAGGAAGAGAACUACGUACAAACAGGAUUUUGUGGGGUUUUUGGCUAAUGUCAAUGGUCUCAGUAGAAAUUUGCAUCCAUUUUGA